CUUCGUGUCCGCAUAGCCUGACGGGAAAACACCGGGCCCCAGGCAGGAAGAAGCAUCAUGGCGACACUUGCGCUUCUGAUGGCAGGCAGCGAGGGAAACAGUCGGUCAAGUUUUUAUGACGAAGAUGAGGAAAAUAGCAGCACCCCAAAGAGGAGACCGAUCAAGCGGAGACGGACCUCACGGGACAGCGACAACAAGAGUGAACGUGGGGAUCCAGAGGAGGGUGUGUCCUCCCGACUUGGUCCAUCCUGUCUCUGGGAAGGAGACAGAAAAGGACCGAUUUUAGACAGUGGUUCGCUGUUCCCGGCAGAGAACCUGUUUGAGUACCAGUGGCCUCCAGACAAGAACGGGGACUGGUACUUCGUACAGGAGCAAGUCAGCGAGUUCCUCGGAGUCAAGUCCUUCAAACGAAAGUACCAAGAUCUGGACCGGCGAGUGAUGGAGAUGGACGAGAAACAGUACCUGUGGGAAAAGGGCGUGGUCAACGAAGCUCAGGUCACAUUAGGUCUGACAGCUCUCCGAUCUGAGGAGGUAUAUGACCUGAUGUUGAGGGACUACCCACAGAAGUACCAGGAAUAUGCCUGUGUUCUACAUGAGAGAGAAAGACAGUCUAUUAGUGAAAAACACAAGGAGUAUGAGAUGCCAACCAUAGAGGUGAGUAAGGUGGCAGCAUACAUCAAGCGGGCGGCACACCAGGCGGCAGAGUACAACCGGCAACUGAACCAGGAGAGGAUGGAGGAACGCAGGGCGUACUUCGACAUGCAGACACAGACCAUCCAAGUCCCUGCAGGGAAGAUGAAGAAACUUCCCCCCGAGGUGACCAAACCUGGACCUUUCCCCGUGGCUCUCAUCCCAGGACAGUUCCAGGAGUACUACAAGAAGUACACGUCAGAAGAGCUGAAGUAUUUCCCCCUGAACACGUGUCUGUACGGUCCGCCCUCCAAGGUGGACCCUUACGCUCAUGUCAGCAGUGGGGAGGAGUCUGAUGAGGAGAGCUCCUCGGAUGGAGAUUCAUCUGGCUCAGGCUCCGGGAGCUGCAGUACCAGUAGUAGCAGCGAGGGGGAGUCGUCACCACCCGAGCAGCCUAAAGCCAAGGCGGCCACUUCCAAGUCUGCUGCCAAACGGAAAAUACUUCCGCCUGUGGCACAGCCUGGGUACAGGAAGCCUCGUGUGCAAACCUCGGCUACUGAGGCUAAAGGUGCCAAACUACCCAAAGCCUCAGAAAAGGACAAGCCCAAGGAUGACGUGCCCAAUGCUGUGUGUGGGAUCUGUCUGAAGGGUCCGGAGAACAACAAGUGGGGCAGGAUGGAGGACCUCAUCCACUGCUCACAGUGUGACAACAGUGGUCACCCCUCAUGCCUGGACAUGAGUGAUGAGCUUGUCCAGGUGAUUAAGACAUACCCCUGGCAGUGUAUGGAGUGUAAGACCUGCGUCAUCUGUGGGGACCCGUCUGAAGAGGACAAGAUGAUGUUCUGUGACGUGUGUGACCGCGGGUUCCACACCUUCUGUGUGGGACUAGAGGAACUCCCUAUAGGACAAUGGGUAUGCCAGACCUGCAAUUCUGCCGACAUGGGACAGGAGGAGCUGCCGCCACCCCAGACCAAGAGAAGAAGCAGGGCAAGAUGAACAUCCCAGACCUGCCAGCUAGCGUGGCAUUACUAUUGGCAGUCAUUUAUCCACAGACUUGAAACACAAGCCUGCUUAAAAAAAGAGCUACCUACAGGAGACUUGAAGAAAAUGGUUACAGGUCAAAGUAGAUAGGUGGCCACUAUAGACAGCAUUCUUAUGCUUGGAUCAAUGGAGAAAAUAAUAUAAGGGACUAUGGAAAAUGGACCAUAAUGGGCUGGUGGUCCUUAUGUAGAUGUGGUCACUGUGGUCACUAAGAUGACUGUCUAUGCUAUCUGAUUUGUAUUAUAAAACACAGAAACACUAGUCACUAUGAUUUUAGUCAUUUCAUCCGGAGCCACUUUGUGACAUUCCAACCUGUUAGUGGAUGUAUAA